AUGCCGAAAAGAGAGGGACCAUCGUCAAGUAAGCGCAAACUGCUGUCGGCGGUAGCCCACUCGAUUAUGCUAUACGCUGCACCAGUAUGGCAAGAAUCUCUGAAACAUCUGAAGUAUAGAUCUAUGUUCCUCAAGAUACAGAGAAAACUAGCUAUCCGCAUAUGCAGUGCGUUCCGUACUGUAUCCACCGAGGCAAUAUUAGUAUUGGCGGGUAUAAUACUCAUAGACCUAUUGGUGAACGAGAGAACCGCCACACAUGGAAAAGAGCAAGCAGUUAAAACAACAGAAAAAGAAAACACGCUAAGUAAAUGGCAAAGAAAAUGGGAAGCAACACACCACUUGGGCGCUUGGACCAAAAGACUCAUACCGGAACUUAAACCUUGGCACAAGAGAGGACAUGGGGAGAUAACGUACGCCUUGUCCCAGCUAUUAUGUGGACAUGGAUGCUUUGUAGCAUACUUCUGCAGAUUCAAAAUAAAAGACUCGCCAAAAAAACAGAUUUUUGAAUAUCAUUAA